AUGAAAAACAAAGAAACUAAAUCAGAUCAUAGUGAAAUUAAUAAGGAUUUAUACUCUGAUGAAGAAUCAAAGAGUACAAGUAAUAAAGAUACUGAAUCUAAGGAUCCUAAUAAAUUUCUUACAAUAGCUAUAAAAAACCUUGUUGAUUAA